CUCGUACCCAAGGUACGUGAUCUCAACUACUCGUAGGCCCAAGUGAUUCACUAUGAUUGACUAGCCUUGGCCUGGUUCAUGUACUGUCAUUUUGUAUAGCGAUUUACCAAUUGAAUACUGGUUCAUCAUUUCUUUGAAAUACCAAGCAUCUGGUUCUUGUCUUUCCGUUGGUGUUUUAUCUACCCCCUUGGCACCAAGUGCAUCUCAUUGCCGGGAACCAGCAACGAACAUCCAGGAGUAAACCGAAUACUCGUACUCGAUAUACACGUAAACCGCCACUCAUUCUAUCGCAUUAUGCGACUCUCGAUACAGCGGGCCUGACGAGCAAACUUCACUUACGCGGAAAUACCAACAAUCAUUUGAAAUACCCCCCACCGAGACUCGAGGGCCACCUGGCCGCUCCCCUCUUUCGCUAUGCCGUCGGACGAGAAACCAUACAAAUACGAACCCCUACCGAUUCCCACAUAUGAAGAGGCCGUCGGGUCUUCAUCGCGGGCAUCGACCGCGUCCAACAAUGAAGCCAAUGAAGCCGCAGUCCCGGCGGAGAGGGAGGGACUACUAAGUGCAGGAGACGAUGGUCGCAUACCGGAGCCCACACGACGGCAAGGGUACCGACCUCCUGCGUCCGUGGAGGACUAUCGUGAGAGUAUGGACCAGCAGCACGAUACGUUUCUCAAUCAGGAUGCGGAACCACGGGACAGCGACAGCGAUGAUGAGGAGGCGCGAGUGCGCAGGGAGAUGGAUGAGUUGGAUAUGGAGGAUGAGCCAAGGAAUUCGGCACAGUCGGCUUGGGGGAAACGAAUCUCGAGUCUCUCACAGUCGUUACAUUUACCCUUUCGAUGGAGGUGGAAAUGGAGGAUUAAUCUACAUGUGCCGGAAGGCAUGAGGGAGAGGAUACGUUGGCCGACAAUUGAUGCGAAUUUCUGUAUUAUUCUGGGGAGGAUGUUUGCCUUGCUGUUGGUUAUGGGGAUUGUGUAUUUGCUGUUUGUCAGUGAUAUAUUUACAAAUGCGGCGCAAAGAAUGGCGGGGCAAAUGUUUGGUGAGUUCACGUCCUUCAGGUCAAGCUUCAAUUCAAAAUGUAUUAAUCUAAUUAAUUUAGACCCGGAAUCCGUAAGAGUACACGUACAGAGGGUUGCGAGUGCUACCCGAAUAGAGGAACACAUGAAGGUCAUCACGAAGAAUGAUCAUUUGGCAGGGACGGAGGGUGAUUAUGUGCUCGCAGAGUACGUGGAAGCGGCCUUUGCACAUGCAGGUCUGGAAGAAGUGAGGAAAGACCAAUUUGGAGUAUACUUGAACUUCCCUAAAGUUGGAGGGAGAAAGGUUGAGAUACUAGGGAAAGACGGGGCCGUAACAUGGUCUGCAAAGAUUGAUGAGGACCCGAUAUACACGGAUCCUCCAAAACAGCAAACACCAGUCUUCCAUGGACACUCGAAAAGCGGCGACGUCAAGGGGCCGAUUAUCUACGCAAAUUACGGAUCGAGGGAAGACUAUAAAAGACUGUACGAUAGUGGUAUUGAGACUAAGGGCGCAAUUGCGUUGGUACGGUAUUACGGGAGUCAAGGGGAUCGAGCUCUAAAAGUCAAGGCAGCGGAGGACGUUGGUUUUAUCGGAUGUAUUAUCUACAGUGAUCCGGGCGAUGAUGGCUUUGUGAAAGGGGAGGUCGCACCAAAGGGCCGAUUUAUGCCAGAAUUCGGUGUCCAAAGGGGAGCGGUCAGUCUAAUGAGUUGGGUUGUAGGCGAUGCUCUAACCCCUGGAUGGGCCAGUGUAGAGGGGGCUGCGCGAAUACCGAAAGAAAAUAACCCUGGACUUGUCAACAUUCCAAGUGUCCCGCUUUCCUGGGGAGAUGCUAAAUUUCUACUUCAAGCAUUGAAGGGAGUUGGGCAAGCUGCCCCAGAAGAGUGGAAAGGCGGUAUUCCUGAUGCCGAAUACUGGAUUGGGGACAAGUCAGGCCCAGUGGUUCAUCUUGUAAACGAUCAAGACGAAGUGGAGGAACAGCCAAUCUGGAACGUCAUGGGCAAGAUUACUGGUGUCGAGCAAAAAGAGAAGGCCGUUAUUGUUGGCAAUCACCGCGAUGCUUGGGUUUACGGAGCUACAGAUCCAGGAUCUGGAACUGCUGUUAUGCUUGAGGUUGUUAGUAUCUUUGGAGAUCUCGUUUCAAAGGGAUGGCGCCCACUUCGCUCUAUCGAAUUUGCUUCCUGGGAUGGGGAAGAAUACAAUCUGAUUGGGUCCACAGAAUACGUCGAGGGUGAUAUGGAGAGAUUGAGACAGGACGGAUUCGCUUACCUGAACGUCGAUGUUGCUGUAGGAGGUACAGAUUUCAGGGCAGCGGGAAGCCCUGUUUUCAAAAAAUCCCUUCUCCGAGUCCUCAAUCGAGUCACUGAUCCCCUCAAGAACGCUACCUUGAGAGAGUUAUGGGAUAAGCGAGAAUCAAUGCUUAUGGGGCUCGGAGCUGGAAGCGAUUAUGUGGCGUUCCAAGAUAUGGCCGGAACGUCAAGUCUCGACUUUGGCUUUGAAGGUCCAAAAUUUCCCUACCAUUCUGCUUUUGAUAAUUUCGAGUGGAUGUCGGAGAUUGGCGAUCCGGGAUUUACAUAUCACCAAAUGCUGGCACAGGUUUGGGCACUUCUUAUCCUUGAGUACGCGGAUAGACUUGUCAUGCCUUUUGAUAUCGCUGCCUAUUCUGCUUCCUUGAUUGCAUGGGCACAGGAUCUUCAAAACUACGUCGAGAACAAAGGUAGCAAUUCCGAAGGCAACCCUUGGUCCAUUGAGCCUCUUCGGGAAGCAGUUCUCCAAUUUGCGGUUGACGCGCGACAAUUCGAGAAGUGGGAGGAUGAAUGGGAUGCCAUUGUUUUGGGAGGUGGCGGCUUUGAAAGUUCCAUCCUGUCAGCUCAUCGACAGAGUCAUAACACCCGGAUGGCGAAUUUCGAAACUCACCUCUUGGAUUUGGAAGAGGGUGGUGGUGUAAGUUUAUUUCUCUUCCCUCCUCCUUUUCUUCCUCUUGUUUCGAUACUAACUGCAAACAAUUAGAUCCCGAACCGUACACAAUUCAAACACGUCGUCUUCGGUCCACAGCUCUACUCCGGAUACGAGACAUCCUUCUUCCCCUUCAUCCGUGACGCGAUCGAGGCCAGGGAUUGGGAACUAGCGCAGAAGCAGGUGGUCAAGACGGCGGACAUCAUUAAAAGAGCUAGUAGGAAGUUGGUGGGUAAUUGAAAAUACCUUCCUCUGUCUAUCUCUUAUUUACCUGUAUUUCUCUAC